CUUGGUUAAUAAGGCAAAUCCAGUGCAGUUUCAGGAAGUAGUAGUUUUGUCAAAUUUCUGAAUCUAAUAUGGCAUCAUUUCAACAUCCAGAAUUCCCACCCCCGGGAUUCCCCCCUCUUCCUGCCCAGUUUAAACCCAUCCAGCAUCACAUGAAAACUGCUCAAGAAAUAGAUUCAAGGAAACCUGGAAAUCCUGUGGUUUGUUACUGGUGUCGCAUGUACUGCUUACAGAAGGCAAUGAGCAUUGACAAGUCUACCCCUGAGUGCCGGACCUACAUCAUUCAACUCAUGAACUACCUGGAAGCGGUUAAGAAAGCGGCCAAGGAUAAUGAGCAUGCUGAUGAAUCUCAAGGCAUGCUCUCUGAAACAGUUGGGGGAAGUAUUGUUGAGGACUAUGCAACAAAGGUGUUCAACUAUGCUGACCAGGAGGACAGGGCAGCCAGGUUUCAUAAGAAUACUAUCAAGUCGUUCUACACUGCUUUUCUCCUGUUCGAGGUGAUGGAAGUAUUCGGUUCGCAAGAGGACAAUGAUCAUGUUAGUGUGAGGAGGCGUUAUGCAAAAUGGAAGGCAUGGAACAUCAACAAGUGCCUUAAGAGUGGAGAGCAGCCUAUCCCUGGACCAGUUGCUGGAGCCGAGGAUGAGUUUGGAGCUCUGACAUUUGGAGAGCAACCAGGUCCAAGUGAGGCGAUAGGUGGUGGCGCAGCCGGGGGCUAUGGCCAACCGAGUGAGCCGAACUAUCCCCCACAACAGCCAGGCUACCCUCCCCAGCUGCCAGUGCAGCCAGAUAAUCCUGCGGUGUUGAAUUUCCCCCAACCCCCAUCUGGGAGUCAUGCUCCUCCGUCUACACCCAUGGAUGCAAAUGGUGGGAAUUCUGGUGCGCCAAGUGGUCCGAUUAAUCCACCUGAGGCGAGUGCCUGGACACAACGGCCCAGUACAGGAGGAGUCCAACUGACAGCCCAACAGUCCAUUCAAGCGCAGAAGUAUUGUAAAUUUGCUAUCAGUGCCCUGCAGUACGAUGAUUCAAAAACUGCGGUCAAGAACUUACAGAACGCCUUACAGCUGCUGAUGACCGGAGAGGACCCAGGAUCAUAACAUUGUCGACUCUAAUACAAUACGCAUCUUUUUAUGUGAUAAUCUAUAGCUUAUCUGUCUUUGAGAAUGAAAUGUUUUGAGCAGUGAUGUAGAAUAUUGAACUCAUUUGAAAAGGCACACAGACGCGUGUGUUAUCAUUCGCUCCAGCCUGUGACUGACUUUGAACAUUGCUGAAAGAGUCGUAAUACAUGUACAUGUGAAGACGAUGGCGCUGCACAAUCUAUUGUAUUUGCAUCUCGAAGUUGUAUGUAGACAUGUAAAUAAAACAUAUUGGACUCAUCCUUUGUAUAAAUGUAUUGUGCAGAUACCUGCAUAGAUAGAUGGAGUAAACAUGUGCUACCAAAUUGCACUAUUUUUGGUGAUUUAAGUUGUGUAUUCUUUUCCUUUAUUGCUUUUGUUGUCAGAGAUGCACAUACACUGAUUGAACUCCUCUCCAGUAUCUAGAAUGGUGCAUAUCUCAAUGAACAGGUAAAACGUCUUGCCACAUCUUCGAGACAUAUUUGGGUCAUUGUCAAAUUCUAAUCUCAUCUUGGUGUUGAAGUUGGAGUCAGAUUUUGAAGGGCUUGAAUCCCUUCUUUGCAAUGCUAAAGCUCUUCCUUGCAAUAGACGAGACAAUAGAAAAGUGGGGCAGUUAAUAUGGCCAAUAUAUCUGUCUCUCAAUUGAUUUUUCAACCUUUCGUCCAUUCAUGUGAGUUGACCUCUUUUAUGUGCUGUUAUGCGAGUUUUUUCAAGAAUAAAUUCUUUAGUUAUUAG